UUGUAGGAAAUCCGCUCUCGGUGGAUUAUUGUAAUCCGACAGAGGGUCCGGACGACACCUCGGAUCACGACGCGAGAACAGGAGAACGAGAGAACAGGAGAACGAGAGAACAGGAGAACAGGAGAACGAGAGAACAGGAGAAGGAGAGAACAGGAGAACAGGAGAACGAGAGCACAGGAGAACAGGAGAACGAGAGAACAGGAGAACGAGAGAACAGGAGAACAGGAGAAGCUCCGACCUGACGCACUGCCCCUGAACGCAGCACCGGAGCAGCGGAGCAGCGGAGCUUCCUGGAGGACCGGACCCGCCUGACACGCACUGCCAGCGGCCACACAGCGGCCACACAGCGGCCACACAGCCGGAGCGGAGCAGAGCGGAGCGGGACAGAGACGCAGCCCGCACCAAGGCUCUGCUGUCCGGGAGAAGCUGCUCCGAGCCGCCGCGGAACUCAGCUAGCUCCAGUUAGCUCCAGUUAGCUCCUCAGCUAGCGGCUAGUUAGCUCCUCAGCUAGCGGCUAGUUAGCUCCUCAGCUAGCUCCAGUUAGCUCCAGGUAGCUCCAGGUAGCUCCUCGUGGGGACGUCCCCGCUGCGGCCCGGUGAGGAGGCAGCAUGUCGGUCAAAGAGCAGAACAAACUGUCCACCACGGAGCGGCCCAUCAAAGCGGUGCCGUACCCUCCCGGUACCCGGCUGUCGGUGAAGGACCUGUACGUGGACGGGAGGCCCAGCGUGGAGGUGCUGAAGGCCCAUCUGGUGAAGGAGGGCCGUGUGGAGGAGGAGACGGCUCUGAGGAUCAUCAACGACGGAGCCGCCAUCCUGCGCCAGGAGAAGUGCAUGCUGGAGGUGGAGGCCCCCAUCACAGUGUGUGGAGACGUGCACGGACAGUUCUUUGACCUGAUGAAGCUGUUUGAGGUGGGUGGAUCCCCCAGCAGCACCCGCUACCUGUUCCUGGGAGACUACGUGGACCGGGGCUACUUCAGCAUCGAGUGCGUGCUGUUCCUGUGGGCGCUGAAGAUCAACCAUCCCAACACCCUCUUCCUCCUCAGAGGCAACCACGAGUGCCGGCACCUCACAGAGUACUUCACCUUCAAACAGGAGUGUAAAAUAAAGUACUCUGAGAGGGUCUAUGACGCCUGUAUGGACGCGUUCGACUGCCUGCCUCUGGCGGCUCUCCUCAACCAGCAGUUCCUCUGUGUUCACGGAGGUCUGAGCCCCGAGGUCACCUGUCUGGACGACAUCCGGAAGCUGGACCGGUUCAAAGAACCUCCAGCCUUCGGGCCGAUGUGUGACCUGCUGUGGUCCGACCCGGGAGAGGACUACGGAUCAGAGAAGACCCAGGAACACUUCACCCACAACAGUGUGAGAGGAUGCUCGUAUUUCUACAGUUACCCAGCAGUAUGUGACUUCCUGAUGAACAACAACCUGUUGUCUGUAAUACGAGCUCAUGAAGCUCAGGAUGCAGGGUAUCGAAUGUACAGGAAAAGUCAGACGACAGGCUUCCCUUCUUUAAUUACCAUCUUCUCUGCUCCUAACUACCUGGAUGUGUACAAUAACAAAGCGGCGGUGCUGAAAUAUGAGAAUAAUGUGAUGAACAUCCGUCAGUUUAAUUGCUCCCCCCACCCCUACUGGCUGCCCAACUUCAUGGACGUCUUCACCUGGUCGUUGCCCUUCGUCGGGGAGAAAGUCACAGAGAUGCUGGUGAACGUGUUGAACAUCUGCUCAGACGACGAGCUGAUGUCAGAGGGAGACGACACAUGUGAAGGUGGAACUCCAGCCGUCAGGAAGGAGGUGAUCAGAAAUAAGAUCCGGGCGAUUGGAAAGAUGGCUCGUGUGUUCUCUGUGCUCAGAGAGGAGAACGAGAGUGUGCUGCAGCUGAAGGGUCUGACCCCGACAGGAACGCUGCCGGUGGGAGUUUUGUCCGGAGGUCGUAGAACUCUGCAGAGCGCCACCGUAGAGGCAGAGGAGGCACGAGCCAUUCAAGGCUUCAACCCUCAGCAUAAGAUCCAGAGCUUCGAGGAGGCUCGAGGUCUGGACCGGAUCAACGAGAGGAUGCCCCCCCGCCGGGACAGCAAGCAGGAGGCCCCGCCCCCCAACAACCUGCCGGCCAGCCCCGGACCCCACAAGAACGGCACCAACGCACAGGCCUAGACCUCCUACCCCAUCCUACCCCAUCCUACCCCCUUUACCUCCACCCUUUAUCUCCCCCCUUUAGCUCCACCCUUUAACUCCACCCUUUAUCUCCCUUCCCUCCUUCCCUUCCCUCCUCUCCUUGCUUCCUUCCCUUCCCUCCUCUCCUAGGAGCAGGAGAGGAGGCCGUUCGGUCCGAGCGAGUCUCACCGCGCUUAAUUUAUUUCAUCAUCUAUUAAAUAUCAUAGUUGAGGACUGAACAGGAAGAAACCGACUGAAUCACCACCGUCCGGUCUGAUCCGGUCUGAUCCGGUCUGAUCCGGUCCGGUCUGGUCCAGUGCAGGCAAACCCACUUUACAGUCUGUUGGUUUCUGGGACGGCACCUUUCUUGCAGCGUUUUAUUUUGGCGGGGAGGAGAUAAUGCUUUGUCCGUGCCCACACACACAUGCAUGAACGCACACACACACACACACACACACACACACACACACACACACACACAGAGUCAGACUGCAUAACGCCCAUCCUUUCUUAUGCCAAUGAUAGUGUGACUGAGCUCUGAGGAGCGAGUAUUGACAUUUAUAUUAUAUAUGUACAUUUUAAUUGUUCCCUCUUUUCAAUGUGAUGCUUUUUUUUUUUUUUUUUUUUUACAACAUAUAGAUUAAGGGUUAAUUAUCCAGAGGUGGGUGGGGGGGGCAGGAGGAGAGUUAAAGGGUUCUUCUGGUUCAUUUAAACUCUGGUUCAUUGCUCAGGUUUGAAGAAUCUAAAUCUGAACUCAAGGACCACUUCCUGUUUCUCUGAAUGAUGACCAUGAUGACGAGGCUGAAAGCUCCAGUAGAAGUCAGUAAGAAGAAGUCAGUAAGAAGAAGUCAGUAAGUGGCCCUUGAGUUGGGAUCUACAUGUCAAACUGUUCUGAUGACGUUUGACUUCAAGAAACAAAUGUGAGACGUCGUUCAAAGGAAAGCUGACGAGUUUAAAACAAACCAGAAAUAGUGAUCGUCACCUUAGUUCAGGACUAAAGUAUAUUAUUACUAUUCUAUAUAAACUAUAUUAUUAUUACAGGAGGAUACGAACCCACAACCUUCUGUCUCCCGAUGCGUUUAGGGGCCUGAAGGCUGCAGUAUUUUUAAGAGAAAUGAGAUCUUUCUGUCUGAACGCUGUUGAAACAUCUGCUCCUCUUUAAAGAAAGAGGAGCUUCUGUUUGUCUGGCUAUAUAAACGUAGAUGAGUCAAAUGUUGGAACCACAAACAUCAGAACCAGGUCUGAAUAGAGAGAAGAACCCUUUAGAACCCUUUAGAACCCGUGGAGGAGCUGGUUUCAUGUAAUGGUGGUUUUCUUUCUGUUGGGGAUGUGGUGGGUUCGAGGCCUCGUUUCUGACUUCUGUUCUCUCAGAACAUAUCUCACAGAAUGUACAGAAACGUUUAGAGUUCAAUCAUUCUUUUUUCUUUACAGCUAAAUUUAAAGCCGAGAACUUUUUGUGGAUGUAUCGCGAGGCCUCUCAUUUCUGUAGAUGUUUCACUCCAUUCAAAUAAAAAAAACUGA